AUGUCAAAAAAUGUUCGUAGAAGUGAACAAAUUGGGACAGACGAAGCUGCUGAAUUUUUUCCACAAAGACAAAGUUUUGAAGAUGAAAAUGAUGAGGAUGACGGGGAAGAAUUUUUUGUCGGAGGUGAUCAUCAGGAGAGAAGAGGACGGGAACGAGAUUCAAGCCAUCAUCAUCACAAUAAUACUCAUCAUAAUCAAACUUUUGAUGAUGGUCACGAUAAUAAUAAUAAUAAUAACCAACAUCGUUAUCCAUUUACUACUCGACGUCGAAAGCGUGAAGCAACAUCUACAAUACGAAAUCGUUACCGUUAA